AUGAGAGUGAGAGAAGAACUCUUCUCAGAGUUCUCUUCAAAUAAUCACACAGGAUCAUACAUUACUGUGUUGAUUGAAGGAGAAGGCAGUGUCACAACAGCAGUGAGAGAGGUAGAGAAAGAACUGGACACAGACAAACCAGCUGGUAGAAGAGACAACACCUCACUGCAAGGCACAGCAACUACCACUGCAGCUGCAAGAGAAGUAGAAGAAGAUGUGACAAUGAGAGCAGUGCUUCUGCAGCUCAUUGACACCAUUAUCUCUGUCUUCAACCUGGCUUUCUUGGCGGCCACAGAGGCCGCAGCUGCACCAUGA